AUGCACAUCUUUACUGUCCAAAAUGGAUUUGCUACAACAUUCUGCAAAAGAAAAUCAUUUAAUUCGCAUUGUGGUACAGAUCACACCCACAUAUCUCAAAAAGAUGAUCAUGUACCUGAUCAAUCCUUAGUUCAGUUGAUCAAAAAAGCUAUUGAUUCUCACGUCAGUUUCUUUUCAUCCUGUGCCAACAGAACGUUCAAUUGCCUGAGAAAACAUAACAGCAACAAAAAUCAAAACAAUAAUAACAGUGGUAAUAGCAAUAGUAAUGAUAGAGCCUCUUCGUGUGGAAAUAGUAUAGCCAUGUCUACUCUAGCACCGCACGGAUCUGUUUCAUCUUACAAAAGCUGUGUAUCUACUCAGCUAAAGAGCGAAGCAGAAAUCGAACGAAUCACCAAUCUCUACACAAACCACUCAAUGAACUUGGAAACACUCAUAUUCGAUCAUCCCACAGGGCUAGGACAAUUAGAUCUAUUUGAACUUUUCUUUUUCUUUGUACGCAGAUGGGGUGGUCAGUCCAAAAACGUUAACUUAUACACCUCUUAUCGCCGUGUUCACCUUUUGAAACAUAUAUCGCCUAGACUCCUCGUUCUUACGGUUCAGGUUCUCAUAGGCUAUACAAUGAGUGAAAUCAAGGAGGUUCGAUUCUUAUUAUCCAUAAAGACCCCAAUAAUAGAAAGUAUCAUUUCUCAGCUCUGUUGGUUAACGUCCGGUAAAUAUGGAUUAAAAGAAAAAGAAUGCAGUACGAUAAACUUGAAGCAGCCAAAUUUGUGGAUCUUAGAAAGUGGUGAAGAUGAACGAGAUAAUAAGGAGGUAUAA